GGUUCGCCGGUCUCGAGGAGCCACAGAGCCCGCUCAGCCAGCUCUCCCGCCAGCUCUCGCGCUCCAGGCACCGCCGCCCCGACAACCCGAGCUGAGCACCAUGGCCCGCGCCGCGACCGCCGCCGCCACCCGCUCCCCUUCGCUCCUCCGGGCCGCGCUGCUGCUCCUGCUCCUGGCCGCCUCGUGCCGGCGCGCAGCUGGGGCGCCCGUGGCCACUGAACUGCGUUGCCAGUGCUUGCAGACCUUGCAGGGGAUUCACUACAAGAACAUCCAGAGUGUGAAGGUGACGCCCCCGGGACCCCACUGCGGCCAAACAGAAGUCAUUGUCACUCUCAAGAAUGGACAGGAAGUUUGUCUCAACCCCGAAGCCCCCAUGGUUAAGAAAAUCAUCGAUAAGAUGCUAAACAAGGGCGGCUCCAAUUGACCAGAGGAAGAAGGAAGUUGGUUGUUGGCUAUACCUGAAACAGGCCCUGCCCUUACAGGAAUCAAAGAGGGUAACGAGAAAUCAUCAGCUCCCAAGAACACCUGGAUUGGGCUUAAUAUAUCUGAGCAUCUCUUAGGAGAGUUCUUCUACUUAUUUAUUUAUUUAUUUAUUUUCAGCUGGUUUUCAAAGAUUUUGUGUUAAUAUUUUACAUGCAAAGUCAUUAAGGAUGUAAUUGACUCUACUUGUGCACUAUACUGUUA